GAGUCAUCAGCAUGGAUGGCCUUGACCCUGCGCAGGAACAGGAAGCGCAACACAACCUGGAGUUGGCAGUCGACGUUGCCAUUCGCAGCAGAUGCUGUGGAGAAGCGAGGGAAUGUGGCCGCAACUCUACAGUUUGCAGGACUUCUUACUCAGGUUUGUGCUUGGAUGAGCAUCAGAGGAAACCCUGGCAGCCCGCCGAAGGCAAUAUUUCAUUUCGCCGCGCUGCUUGAACUGGGUGCUGCAGCUGCCUCAUUGGCUGCUUUUGUCUGCUUUCUCUCACACUUCCACAACAGGCUUCACUUGCUCACCGCGGAGUUCAUCUUUGCCCAGACCGACGGCUCGGUAUUGAUUUGGCCCGCAGAUUUCCAACUGCAGCUUGGACCGUGUGCUGUUUUCCUGGCCACUGGUGGCACCUUGUCACUGCUAUCUAGCUUCCUGCUGUUGAACUCCCAUGCAGCGAAGCGGACACGAAAGGAAGAUACCGUACAAAGAGUGCGACGACCCCCACUGCACCGGUCCAAGACAUCCACUCGAGCCGCAGGUGAACUUCUCUUCGAGGCAUCAGUGUUGAAGAUGAAGUCACACGACCGUCGGAUCGUUGCAGCUGUGCUGGUAGCCAUGACCCUUCUUGCUCUACUCUUGGGCUUGAUGGCAUUUCUACUGGGUCGCGGGGGGGUCGAGGACGGCGUCAGCAAGGCUUUUCGUGGACCUCAAGAUGGUGUUAGGCGAACUGCUUUGGUUGCCCAAGCUAUAUCUCAUGCUGUCGGAGCCUCGACGAGGAUGCUCGGUCGAGGAAUCGGGGUGGUCACCUCCUUUGCAGGAGCGGUGUUCCAAAAGGCUGCUGCCGGUACUCAUGUUCUUGUAGCUGUGGUGACCCCGUGGCAUCGGAUGCUGCAGCAUGCUGUGUUCCAAGCGUUUUCAGGCAUCGGGCAAGCAGCAAAGUGGCUUGCAGAUGCUGCAGAUGCGGCUGCGCAAAGUCCAUCUGCUACAGCCAAGGCAGUCCCGGAGUUGCGAGUCACACAGGAGGCUCAUGGCAACUUUAUGGAGCGGCUGCGUGGCGGAAAAAAAAAAUAA